UCUUCAACCUUGUAAGGAAGGGGUUAUGAAAAUGGAAAACUUUUCUUGGACGUUCUUCAUAUUAGUUCGAUACAGAAGGAUGAUGAUCAUGAGCUAGUUAGCCUUCCUCCAGUCAUGUUCAUAUUAUAACCAAGAAUAAUGUUAAUGGUGUGUUGACCAUAUCUGGUGCCUUCGGUGGAUUUCUAUUUAGUUGACUUGGUUGGUGACACAAUAAGUCAAGCCUCAUGAUAGCUAAACCAAAGAAAUUACAUGACCAUGUGAUUACAGCGUACAAGACUAAAACUAGAUAUUUCGGACAAUUUACUUUGCAAGUUGAAUCGUUUUGUCUUAAAAUAUAUACCCAAGUUUUCAUUCCUGUCAUCAUCAUUGAACUUGCACAGCAACUACUGUUUUUAUUAUCUCAUAAAUAUUCUAUUAAUACUUUAUACUGAUUCUAUCAUUCUUUAUCAAAACCAUUGUUUUAGAUCUGCAGACACUUCUUUAAUCCCGAUCUUUUAUGAUAUAGAUGUCCAGAGAUAUGAUAUUGUCCAAGUUGUACAGCAGUGAUAAUGAGUGUGGUACAAGCGGUGCAACUGUUGGCAACAAAGAAUUAGACUUGUUUUCCAUGCACGGAGAUUACCAUCAUGAUGAUCAGCAUCACAACCAGAGACCUCCUCAUGCAUCAACCUUCACACCAGACAAUCCUUCAAGUUCAAUCCAACUGAGAGUGCUGCAAGAGCAGAUAGAGAAAUCGAAAGCCGAAAACCAGAACUUGAGGAUCAUGUUGGAUCAGGUUAAAACUAGGUACACAGCUCUUCACCGUCAGCUACUUUCAGCUAGGCAAAAACAGCCUUCCAACAAUCAUCAAUUCAAGGAUGAGAGGAAUGGCAGUGGUGGACCAAAGCUGUGCACUCGGCAAUUUAUAGAUCACGUUUCCUCUAGGGAACAGGAUAUUAACAAUGCUGAAAUUUUAGACGAAAAAAGACUAGAAAGAUUAUUGUCGUGCACAACAUCAAUGAACAUGAAUGUAAUGGCAAGAGGAAGAGAAGAUGACACGUUCAUUCAGGGUGGGAAAAAACGGAUAUCCAGGGAUGAUGAUCCUGAUCAAACCUCGGGAUCUCGUGGGGAACAAUUAAAAGGUGAGGAAGAGCAGGCAGCUUGUGGGAAGGCAAGGGUGUCCAUAAGAGCUCGCUCAGUUGCAGCAACGAUAAACGAUGGGUGUCAAUGGAGGAAAUACGGUCAAAAGAUAGCAAAGGGUAACCCUUGCCCUCGAGCUUACUAUCGUUGUAGUAUGGGCACCGGAUGUCCAGUCCGAAAGCAGGUUCAAAGAUGUAUGGAGGACAACACCAUUCUCAUUACCACCUAUGAAGGAAACCACAGCCACCCUCUACCAGCAGUAGCCACAGCAAUGGCUAAUACAACGUCUGCAGCAGCAAGUAUGCUGCUUUCUGGUUCAAUGACCUCCGUAUCAAACUCAGGCCUCUUCCCAGGAUUGGCAACUCUAUCUACUUCUACUCCGCAUCCUACAAUCACACUGGACCUAACUCAAGACAACACUAAUUCAAAUAUUUCCUUCCCUUUUCAUGGCAGCUAUAGACCCCCAGAAGUUAUGGGACAUCCCUUGUACUUUUCUCCAAAAUUGCCAAUGAUGCUACCGAUGAUUGAUACAGUCACUUCAGCUAUUUCCAAUGACUCUUAUUUCACAACAGCACUAUCAGAAGCUGUUGCCUCAAUUUUGGGAGUCAGUAGGAGAAGCAAUGAUGUUCAUGAAAGCCACAGUAAGAGUAGCAUUAACAGUGACCAACACCCUGGUUUUUAAAUACUACUACACCAUCUGCAUCUACUUGCUAAGACCCAAUGUAAUGGGAGGUGGUGCAUCCGCUAUAUAUAUAUAAAGAGAACAAGUUAUAUGAUGCUUUUGCUUAAUUUUGUUUUUAUCUAAAUUUAUUUUAUUUUUUAACUUUUGAAUUGGGUUUACAUUGUUUUUU